UUGUUUGUUGUUACUUGUGCAACUUAAUUUAGACCUAUAGUCAUAUUUGAUGAUGUUAUUUUGGCAAAAUUGUAUCAUGGAGCAGGAUUUGGCAGACGUUGGCAACAAAUGUUUAGAAAUCUUUUUUUCAGGUCAAAUUUUAUUAUGUUCAGUCAUUAUUUUAGUAUACUUACUUCGAAAACGUAAAAAAGCAAAAGCACCUCUACUUGAUACUGAUUUUGUCUACAAUUCCGAGUGCCCAAUUUGUUUCAAUGAACUCACAUUACCAAUCAAGUCUGACUGUGAUCAUGGCUACUGCAUAGAAUGCCUUCACACCUACUGGAAAAAACGUACAUGGAAAAAUAUAUGCCCCUUAUGCCGCCAGUCUUUGAAAAAUUUGAGACUCGUUGAAAAUGAAACCUGCCGAUAUCCAAAGUUAACACGAGAAAUACUACUACAAAAAGUUAGUGAAAUGUCAAUGACACAUUACAGAGGUAUUAGGUUCUGUGAUAAAAUAUUUACAGAAACUGCUUACUACUUCAUCAUUGGAACAUUUUUACUCAUACUAUGGACUUGGGCAGUCGUAAAUACUGAUAAACUUAUAUAUUAUUCUUUGUGGAUAUAUAAUUCUUUUUAUAAUACCAAAAAAGAAAUAAAUUCAUAAAAAUAUAGUAUGAAAAAAUA